CCUAAGUUACUUAUCGUUCUUAGCAUCAUCUGGUUUUUCUGCUAUGCCUUCCUUCGACGUACACCGAGCUAGAGCGCAAUUUCCUUCAUUGGAAUCAGGAUUUCUAUUUGCAGACAACGCUGGUGGAUCACAAAUUGCCCAAGAAGUAAUCGACAGGCUUACCGACUACAUUAUCAACACAAACGCACAGCUCGGGGCCACAUACUCCCUCUCGCGUACCAGCACCCAACGGGUUCUGGUGGAAGCUCCUCAAGAAGCAACGAAACUGUUCAACGCCAAAUCUCCUAACGAGAUUGUGUUCGGAUCCAGCUCUACCCUGAAUCUCGAGAACCUUGCGCGAAGCUUGGAGAAAGACAUAAAGGCCGGGGACGAGUUUAUCAUUACAGGGGAGCACGAAGCCAACGUCGGUCCAUGGAAGAAACUAGCGAGUCGCACCGGCGCCGUGAUCAAAUACUGGAAAGCCCGACCCACCGAGGAAUCCAACCCAUACUCGAUUGCACUGAAAGUGGAAGACGCCCUCUCCCUCGUCUCUUCCAGAACCCGAAUCAUAGCAUUCACCGCCUGCUCCAACAUUCUCGGAAGCAUCGUACCCGUCAAAGACGUCGUCAAAGCCCUUCGAGCGCAAGUGCGUGCAAUGGGAGCACCAAAGGUCGAGAUCUCCGUGGAUUGCGUCGCGUACGCCCCUCAUCGCCUGAUCGAUGUGCAAGAUUGGGAUGUCAACUUUGCGGUCCUCUCUUACUACAAGGUCUAUGGUCCCCACAUCUCCGCGCUCUACGUCCGAGAAACAUCUCUCGAACAAUCAGUGUCUUCCCUUGUCCAUCACUUCAUCGACGUCGACGCCUCUCCUUCGUACAAACUCCAACCCGGUGGGCCUGGCUACGAACUCGUAUAUGCCACCACAGGCGUCAUCCAAUACCUCCGUUCUCUCACCUCGGCAAACGAUCUCAAAGCUUCGUUCGAGGCAAUCGCAGAGCACGAGCAGACAUUGUUGAAGCCGCUCUUGGAAUUCCUCACAGCUCCUGCCCAAUGGGAAAGAGGUGUUCGCAUAGUUGGACAAUCGACCGUCGAUCUCAGCCGAGUCCCAACGGUCAGUUUCGUCGUGGUUGGACCAAAGGCCCUCAGAAGUCGGGAUAUCGUCAAAGCCUUCGACGAAAAGGAAACCAUUGGCAUUCGGAAUGGCCAUGUCUACGCGUACACCCUUCUGAACGACCUGGACCCCAAGAUUGACAUGGAUGACGGCGUCGUCCGCAUUUCAUUAGUGCACUACAACACGGUGAACGAAGUACUUCGCAUUAUCGAUGUACUUAAGGAGGUCCUCUCUGCGUAA